CGAAACCCUAGCUCCCACCAAAUUUGCCUUUUUUUUAUUCUCCGCGAAAUCGAACGAAAUUUUUUGGGAAAAAGGUAGAAUUGAUCGAUUAGGGAUCCGAUUCGCAGUCCGAUUUACCGAAACCCUAAUUUUGAUUUUGGGAUUGGGGCGAUUAUAGAGGUCUUUCGGAAUCCGUUGUCUCCAGAUGGAGUGGUGAAGAUCUGAAGAUGUGUGUAUGCGUAUGUGAUGGAAUUUGAGACUUGGUGGGUUUUUGUUCGAGGUGUCUUUGAUGGAAGAUAGAGUAGGUAGCUCUAAUGGAGUGGGAGUUUCUAAGAGAUCAAGGUCUUUAGAUACGUUGUAUAAGUCUAGCAUUCCUAAGGACUCUGUUGAUAAGAGUUUUAAGAGGAAACAUGGGCCUGGGAGUGAUGGUGAUCGGUUGAAGCAGGAUAAGAAGAGCAGGAAAGUUGGUAAUGAAAACGAGACAGUUCUUGAUAAGUCAUGCAAUGGCACUAAGAUAUUGGACAGUUUGGAGGAAUCUAAGGUGGGUUUGGAUGUGAGAAUGUGUGAUGGUAAUGGGCUCCAAGGGGUUUCAGAGGGGUUGGCUGGUAGUAUGAUUUAUGUUCCUAGACGCAGGAGGGAUUUUGUUGGGAGGAGUAGGUUUGAGAAUGGUCUAGUUCAGAAGUCUGCAGAUACAGGGGAAUCUGUUAGUCAGGAGAGGCUGGUUGAUAAUCUUCCUAAGGAAACUGGUGAAGAAUCUAGUGCUCAGGAUCAGCUCUCUAAAGCUGAGGAGAAGGAUUCUGACAAAGAACUCAAAGAAGCUAAUUCAACGGCUCAGCUGGAAAACGGGCAUUCGAAUCGGUCUCCUGUGAAAGAUGACCAGUUGGUUGUUAAACAAACUAACUCUAAUAGCAGAAAAAGGAAGUCCUCAGGAUCAAACAGACGUGUUGGAAAAGAGGCAAAGUCCUCAGGUGAUGCUUCAAGUAGAAUACCCAAGGUGUUACGAGAAGAUGAUGAGGAGAAUCUUGAAGCUAAUGCAGCAAUAAUGCUGUCUUCGCGGUUUGAUCCUAACUGCACCCAGUUUCCUUCAAAAGUUCCUGUUACUCCUGAAUCACCGUCUACCAGUAGAGUACACCCAUUAUCUUCUGGUAAGAAUUCAGUUACUCCUGGGUCUGAGUUGAUUAGUUCCAAAUGUGUCUCAGACGACAAUGAUGAUAGAUCUUUGCGACCAAGGAGAAAGCGUGAUUGGAAGGGUAAAGUUCGGAAAAGACGCCACUUUUAUGAAAUAUCAUUUUCAGAUGUGGAUUCGCACUGGUUGUUAAACAAGAAAAUAAAAGUUUUCUGGCCUUUGGAUGAGCGUUGGUAUGAUGGCUUUGUGGAUGGUUACGAUGGAGACAAGAACCUACAUCAUGUAAAAUAUGAUGAUCGUGAUGAAGAAUGGAUCAAUUUGCAGGGUGAAAGAUUCAAAAUUCUGUUGUUCGCUACUGAAGUUCCUGGAAAAAAUCUACGGAAAAGGAGCAAUUCAGGGUCCAAGUCUGCUACUACGAAAGUUAAGGGGAACGAUACAUCCAGCCAAGAAGAGAAGAAGCAGAAGGGAAAGCUUGAAGAUGAUAGUUGCAUGGACGACAUGGAAUCAGAACCAAUCAUCAAAUGGUUGGCUCGGUCUGUGCAUCGGGAUAAAUCUUCCACUCCUAAGGCUGUACAAAAACGAAGAAAGUCAGAAAUAAUGACGUCUAAUGAAACUGUGACAGUGAAUGGGGAUGUUGUUAGAGACACUGCAAGACAGUACACAGAUAGAUCUGCUAGUUCUACUCCAUCAUGUGGUUCACCUGGACCAAGUGGGAAUGAAUAUCCUCUUGUCUAUUAUAGGAGACGACUUCAUACAGCAAAAAAAGGAACCCACAAGGGGCCGGGUGGCAAUAAUGUUGAGCUGCUUCAUGUAUCAAAAAGUCCGGAUCCUGAUGUAGAUUUUUUGCCGUUUAAAGAUUCUGGGCCUCUGGAGAUUUAUUGUCCGUGGAAUGACACAGAACAAUUUGAGUUGUCCCUCAGUCUACAGGUUGUUUCUUUGAGGAACUACUUUCUUAUGGUGGAUGUUGACUGGCUUUCACGUGUUGUGUUUUUGCUUCAUCAUGGUACACUUGUGACUUUGUGGCCGCGGGUUUGUUUGGAAAUGAUUUUCCUGAAUAAACAAUAUGGGCUUAGGUAUCUAGUUUUUGAGGGCUGCUUAAUGGAAGCUGUUCAGUUAAUUUUCCGUAUCUUGAUGGUAGUAGCUCAUUCUAAUAAGCAAGGAGUUCAAGGAGUGGAUGCUGACUUGCAGUUGCCAGUUUUUUCAAUUGGUGUCCAAGUUACUUUCAUCCCAGGUUUCCAAAGGCAAUUUGCAUGUCAAUGUUACAGCUUCGAUAAAGUGAAACAUUCACAGUGGUCAUACUUGGAACAGAAUGUCAUGAGGCAUUGUUUGUUGGUUAAGCAAGUAUCAACGUCGGAGUGUACAUACGAUGACAUGGAGGCCCUUCAGAAGGUUAUGCAAAAGAGAUUUAGGCAUGGAAUCAGCUCAUGCUUUGUUUCAAGAAGAUCACCGUCCGUUAAAACCUGCCCCACAUCUGCUUGCUACAAGAAGCAAAGUACGUCCGCGUUUGCCCUUCCUCUUGCUGCAGGAACACCUGCAUUAUUACGUAAUUUACACCUGGAAAUGGUGAGAGAGCUGGGUCAUGUAGCAGCAGAAUACCUGGGGACUGAACGCUAUUUGGUAACAGACGGAGGUUGUGAUAUGGCAGAUUGCACAAAUGAUGAACCUUCUCUCAAGAGUAAGGGCCAAAAUAGUGGACCCACUAUCACUUCUUCCGGAGGGCAGGAAGCGCGAGAGUCUAAAGACCUUCACACAGAGUCUCAAAGGCAUCAGCUAGAGUCUAAUUCUGAAAAGUGGAUGUCAUGCAGUUCUUCUGUUCUCAGACAUAAGCACAAAACCAGGUCUAACGUUGCGGUGAAUAGCAUGAGUAUUCAAGUUCCAACAUCUGAUCAUCGUGAGGAUGGUGCCCUGCAAUCAAGUAAUCUGGCCUUGAAUAAUCAAGGUAGCACCUCAAGUCCUAAGGUCACCCCAAGAAGUGUGUGGCAACGAGGCAAAAGUUCUUUAAAUGGCCAUCUCUCACAUGGCUGGUCGGAUUCAAAGGGAAAUUUUCUGCACACUAAUUUAGGAAGUGGACCCAAGAAGCGACGUACCCAGGUGUCAUAUUCAUUACCUUCUGGGGGUUCUGAUUCUAGAAACAAAGGUUCCCUGCACAAGGGGCUUCCGAACAAAAGAAUUAGAAGGUCUGCUGCUGAUGUUUCUAAAAGUCUUGAGAAAGAUUUGGAGUCUAGUUUCUGUGAUGCCAACGUGUUAGUCACUUUUGGAGACAGAGGCUGGAGAGAAUAUGGAGCUCAGAUUGUCCUGGAACCCUUUGAUAAUAAUGAAUGGAAACUUGCAGUGAAAAUCUCAGGGACAACAAAAUACUCGCACAGGGUACAUCAGUUUCUGCAACCUGGCUCGACAAAUAAGUUUACACAUGCAAUGAUGUGGAAAGGAGGAAAAGAUUGGACCUUAGAAUUCCCUGAUAGGGGCCAGUGGUUUCUUUUCAAAGAGAUGCAUGAAGAGUGCUACAGUAGAAAUACGCGGGCUGCUUUAGUUAGAAAUAUUCCUAUUCCUGGUAUCCGCAUGAUAGAAAAAGACACGUUUGAUGGAACAGAAACUGAAUUUUUCUGCAGUGCUAAAUAUUUUCGGCAGACCGAAACUGAUGUUGAGAUGGCAUUGAAUCCUUCACGUGUUUUGUAUGACAUGGACAGCGAUGAUGAGCAGUACCUUAAAAGAAUUCGUGAAUGUUCGGAUGCUGAGAACAGUGGUUAUUGUGAGAUCACUGAGGACAUGUUUGAGAAGGCAAUGGAUACAUUUGAGAAGGCUUCUUAUGUAAAGCAGCGUGAUCACUUUACCUUGAUCGAGAUUCAAGAACUGAUGGCCGGAGUCGGAUCCUUGGAAGCAGUGAAAACAAUAUAUGAGUUUUGGAGAACAAAGCGUCAGAGAAAGGGAAUGCCACUAAUCAGGCAUCUUCAGCCACCUCUGUGGGAAAAAUAUCAACGAGAGCUCAAAAACUGGGAAUUGGUUAUCAGCAAAGCAAACACUCCCAACUCCUAUGGGCUACCGAAGAAAGAGUCACCUAUUGAGAAGCCAGCGAUGUUUGCUUUCUGUUUCAAGCCUCGAGGUCUAGAAGUCAAGCACAGGGGAACAAAGCACAGGACACAGAAGAAACUAUCGGUUUAUGCUCAACAUAGUACUACUGCUUUGGGAGAUUAUGAUGCCUAUAAUUCAUCUGCAGGAAGAAGAUCUGGUGGUUACGCUGGAGAUGAGAGGUUUUUAUAUUCAAAUCACAACUAUGAGCAGUUGAACGAAGUUCCUGCAACACAUUCCCCUCGUGACCUAGGCAUGGGAUACUUCUCGACGGGUGGAAAUGGAUAUCAUAGGAACCACCAGAACAAGUUUCAAAGAAUCAAUGGGAAGAGGAAUACGAGUACACGAUGGAAUGCAGGCUAUUCUGAAACCCCUUGUUACUCUAACGGAUCUCAGCGUCUUGAAUUGCAUAAUAAUAAUAGCACAGAUAUUGAUGAGCGCAAACUACGAGAUGCAGCUGGUGCUGCAAGGCGUGCAUGCGCUUUGGCCAAGGUCAAGCGUGAAAGAGCAGAGAGAUUGAGGUAUGUGGCAGAUCUAGCGAUCCAGAAAGCUGCAGCAGCUCUCCUUUGUGCUGAGGCAGUAAAAGGUUCCUCUCUGGACCAAAAUUGCAGUGGGUCAGACAGCUCAAGCGAAGAUGAGACGACAUAUACCACUUUUGUUAGUAGUAGUUAAGAAGAGAAAAAAGUAAAAAAAAAAAAAGAGAUGGUUAAAACAGAGAGGAGGUUGUAAGUAAUUUAGUUUAUUAGCUUAUUUUGGAAGAUUGAUUCAGUUUGAGCAAGAUUCUUGUGCAAGGUGCUCUUCACCGUUUCUUCACUAGCUUCUUUUGCUUUUCUUUUUUUAAUAUCAGUCAUAAAAAAUGUACGCAAACGAAGUCAAAUUGCAACAUUUUUCUUGAUAAUAGUUUCUAUUAGACAGAACGUAUAGAGAAUACUGUAUAUGUAGAAGGAAAAAAUUGA